UCCAAGCGAUCGAAAAAAGUUUGAUUUUCCAAUCCACGUUAACACGUAGGACCGAACUAACUUACCAUACAACAUGUCGAAAGACGGUGAGGCUAUUCGCGUCGACAAGGAGCUGGAUCUAUCCAACGCGGGCCGAGGCGUGUGGCUCGUGAAGGUACCGAAGUAUAUGGCUAACAAAUGGGAAAAAGCGCCGGGCAACAUCGAGGUGGGAAAGCUGAAAAUUUCCAAACAGGUCGGCCAAAAGGCACAGGUUUCGCUCACGCUGUCCGAUGCCGUGAUAAGUAUCGAUCCGUCGGAGGAGAUUCCGCGUGACCACCGGCUGGAUGUGUCGGUCGUCACCAAACAAACGCUGGGUGUUUUCUCGCACGCCAUCACAACCAAUCGCGAGGAUCCGGUGCCGGAGUGCGAGAAGCAGUACAUGGAGGGCCGAAUUGUGCAGAAGCUCGAGUGUCGUCCCUACGCCGACAACUGCUACAUGAAGAUGAAGCUGGAAUCGAUCCGAAAGGCAUCUCAACCGGCCCGGCAGGUGAAAUCGCUCGAGAAGAUCGUACACAACUACAAACCGGUGUCGGACCACAAGCAUAACAUCGAGGACCGCGAGCGCAAGAAGGCGGAGGGCAAGAAGAGCCGUGAUGACAAAAAUGCCGUGCUCGAUAUGUUGUUCAACGCGUUCGAAAAGCACCAGUAUUAUAACAUCAAGGACCUGGUCAAGAUCACACGGCAGCCAAUCAGCUAUCUGAAGGAAAUCCUCAAGGAGGUGUGCGACUACAACAUGAAGAACCCGCACAAGAACAUGUGGGAGCUGAAGAAGGAGUAUCGGCACUACAAAGAGGACGACAAGAAGGACGACGACGCGCCGAAGGACAUGUCGGGUAGUGAUAGUGACUGAUU